GUACUUUUUUUAUAUUUGAUAAUUAAAUUUAAUUUUUGUUGUAAAUAAAAGAAAGCUUAUGUGUUAAUAAUCAUAAUAUUCAGUUAGUGCCAUUUCAUUGUAAAUAAUAAAAAUUAAGAAAAAAAAAUAAAACUAAUAAUAAUAAAAGUUUAAACAAUAAAAACCCCUUAACACGAUGGACUACUCGCCAAUUAGAACGUACGAUGACAAUCACGAUGCCCCUUGGUAUCGCGAAUACCUCAUCAUGAGUCCAGCUCUAAUCAUCGUCAUUCUCGUUUUCGGAAUAUUCAUCCGACUCGUUUGGUAUCGCCGUUGGUUGACAAAGGAAAUCGAGCUACUCGACAGCAUCGAAGUGCCUCCGCCAAAAGAAAAGAUGAACAAAAAAACGCAAACUACAAUAACAAUUCACGACGAUAAUCCAACAACAUCAAAAUUGGAAGCUGAAUUAAAAGAGCUCGACGCCGAAGUUCAUUCGACCUUUCACGAUGAUCACGAUGGUCCCAUGAGUACACCCGCGAUGGUUGCAGACUUUGACUUGUGAAACGACUUUCUAACGCGACACCGCUGAUAAAGUGUCAUUUAAAAUAAAAAUAAAGUUGUGAUGAUUGCCUU